GUUUGUAGUUUUUAGCCUCGCGGCGUCGACGGGCUGAGGCGCUUUAGAAACUACAAGGCGGCUGUCAGCAGGUGUCCGCCCCCUUAAAGCUUCCCCCCACAGGACAGGAGAGGAGGCGGCGGCGCACACACACUAACGUCACUUUUUCUAAAGGUUCACAUCCCAAGUCCAACUGCUCCACUCCCCCCGUUCUUCGUCGACUCCCUCUCGCUGCUUCAGAGAUGCCUCGCAUUGAGAACGACAUCAAGCUGGACUUCAAGGAUGUGCUCCUCCGUCCGAAGAGAAGCACGCUCAAGUCCCGGAGCGAGGUGGACCUGAUGAGGACCUUCUCCUUCAGGAACUCCAAGGGCAGCUACAGAGGGAUCCCCAUCAUCGCUGCCAACAUGGACACUGUGGGGACCUUUGAGAUGGCCCUGGCCCUGCACCAGUUCACUCUCUUCACCACGAUUCACAAACAUUACUCUGUGGACGACUGGCAGGAGUUUGCAGCGAAGCAUCCCGAGUGUGUGGAGAGUGUGGCAGUCAGCUCAGGGACCGGCGACGGUGACUUUGAGAGGAUCUCCUCCAUCUUGGAGGCAGUGCCCAAGCUGCGGUACAUCUGCGUUGACGUGGCGAACGGCUACUCUGAACACUUUGUCCACUUCGUCAAAGAAGUCAGGCAAAAGUUCCAGACACACACUAUUAUGGCAGGAAAUGUGGUGACUGGAGAAAUGGUGGAGGAGCUGAUCCUGGCCGGGGCUGACAUCAUCAAAGUAGGCAUCGGACCAGGUUCUGUUUGCACCACCCGCAAGAAGACAGGGGUGGGUUACCCCCAGCUAAGUGCCGUGAUAGAGUGUGCAGAUGCAGCUCACGGACUGGGCGGCCACAUAAUCUCUGACGGGGGAUGUACUUGUCCAGGAGAUGUCGCAAAGGCUUUUGGUGCUGGAGCAGACUUCGUGAUGCUGGGGGGUAUGCUGGCGGGACACUCUGAGAGUGGGGGCGAGGUCAUUGAGAAAAACGGCACGAAAUACAAGCUGUUCUAUGGAAUGAGCUCCGACACAGCGAUGAAGAAGCAUGCGGGUGGUGUGGCCGAGUACAGGGCGUCAGAGGGGAAGACGGUGGAAGUUACUUACAAAGGUCCGGUGGACGUGACGAUACGAGACAUCCUUGGUGGGGUUCGCUCCACCUGCACCUAUGUUGGGGCGGCCAAGCUAAAGGAGCUGAGCCGCAGGACCACCUUCAUCAGGGUCACCCAGCAGCUCAACACUGUCUUUGGCAACUGCUGAAUGUCCAGUUCCAUCCUGCGUCAGAUCGAUGGAUAAGUCUGCAUCACUGCCAGUCUGUGCUCUUUGUUUGUUACAAAAGUGAACACACUCAUAUUCAUACUUAAAUAUUCCCCUCUUUAUCCUUUUUUUUUUUACACAUAAGUCAAAUUAUUUUUUAUUUUAAUGCAACUUUAGUAUCUUAAACACACAGACUCUGACCUGCCUUAGACUCCAAAUGUUAAAGCCAUUCUAUGUAACUUUUACUUUUACUUUUACUAGCAACAGCGCCCUCUGCAGCCAUAUGUGGUGAAUAAUUCUGUUGAAUCUGUAUUCUCACAGCCCAUCGGCUAUCGUCUGAUGACGAAUCAGCCUCUGGGGGCAACGGCCAAUACUUUGGGGCUUUUGUGUAGACAGUCCAUUAGUCAGCGAUAUUUUUGUAGGUGUUUUUGUCUAGCCGCCAUUUUGGCUAAUCUCUAUUAACAGCUUUCUGCAUAUGAAUGCAGAUAAAUUAAAAAGGUGAUGGCCGAUGCAUUUUGGUCGACGUGUUGUGCCUUUUACAUUCCUCAAGCAGAAGAGCUGCUGCUGUAACAAAUCCACUAAACUCUGCAUAGAAUUCUUCAUAUUUCCAAAGUUUCCUGGUUACAUAGAGCAAGAGCAGACGUUCAGGGAGAGGAGAGGGAAUGAAAAGAGGAAACAUUCUCCAUAUUUCCAGUCAAUGAAUCAUUAAACUCAUUUAAAUGAAGCUGCUGUUUGAUCAUACAAGCCACAGAGCUUUCAGGUGACAUCAUUGUCUCUACACAGUGAGAUGCAAGCUAGAGCAGUAACUCCUCAGCUCUGUGCAUGUCCACUGUCUCAUCAUUCCAAUGCAAGGUCCUUACAAGUUCUCACAUAUAUGCAAAUCUGUGUUUGUCCAUAAACAGCAUGUGGCUCUGUGCCGAGAUCGUACUGAGAACCUGUGUCAUCCAAAUGUAAAAUUACAGCAAAUGUCCUAAAUUAUAUAGAAAGCCUAAAUAUUUACGAGACUAAUUGUCAAACAGCUCUGUUUGUAAAAGACCCAGACAUUCCGUCACUCAUUGUGUUUUGCACUUUAAUGAUUUGAGCUUUGAUCUGUUUUCCCUGAUCGCCUCAUUUUAUUUUUGUCACAUUGGUGUGAAAAUGAUGUUUAUGUUGCCAAAACAUACGAUUUUAAUGCAGUUUUUAAUUUUCUUUCCCCCACCUCAACGUUUUAUCCAGUCAAUAAAAAAAAAUGUCCACAUCA